UAGGAAUCUUACACCACUGCUGAUUGGCCGGCUCCUCCAGGUGGGCGGGUAGAGCUGAGGUAUUUCAACUAAGCAGCAAGAAAAAAAAGCAAAUUUACACUGAAGCAUAAGACAAGAGAAUAGCCACAGAUUACAGCUUUGAUAAGAGACCUAGGAUUUCGUAUCCAGACUGAGGACAAAAAAAGAUGGAAAUUGGUGGCAUUAUGUUGUGGGUGUUUUUCCUAGGAAUUGUUUCACAGAAUGCUGUGCAAGGAACACAUUUCUCCAUCAGCAUCUACACGGUCACCUCGAAAAGCGCUGUUCUCCAAUGGAGCAGCUACUCUGGUUCAUCCUCCUACAGGGUCACCGCAUACCCACUCAACUCUCUGGAUCCACUCGUCUUUAGCAGCUAUAGCCAGAACACCGUGAUGGGCUCCAUCAACUCCCUUUCACCCAACACCGCCUAUACUUUUAAGGUGGAGGCUCUGGAUGGCACCAUGACCACACUUUCCCAGGCUACCGUUGAUGGAACUACUGCUCCUGAUGUCCCAACCAUCAAGACAGCCUCUUCCAAAGAGAGCAAGAGCGUGACGGUGGAGUUUGUAGAAGUUCUAGGUGCUUCCUCCUACAUUCUCCGGGCUGAGACCAGCGACGGCUCCUUCUUCUCAGAGACGUAUGUGUCAGGCUCUCCUGGAACUGUCGUGGGCCUGCAGCCCUACACCGACUACACUCUCAGCGUCAUGUCCGUCAGCAGUGCCGGCAGAAGCCAGCCAUCCGAGUCUGUCCAGGCAAAGACAGUCGUGGCCGCUCCUCAACUGAUCACCAGCUCCCCCAGUAAUAGUAGCAUUGGGGUGCAGUGGGCUCCAGUGCCGCACGCCAUGCUCUACAGCCUUACCAUCAUCCGUGAGGACCUUUACCUCCAGAGCCGCCUCAACACCACCAACACCAGCGUCAUGAUCAACGAUCUGCAGGCUGGAACCAACUACAGCAUCAUAGGAAACGCCUGGAGCCCAGAGAGCGUUCCCGGUGACAAACUCACCGUCUCUCAGAUCACACGUCCGUCCACUCCUGAGUCCAUCACACUACAGACAGUCAGUGAUGUGACCGUCCUCUCUGUGUCGUGGGGUGCUGUGCACGGGGCGGCUCAGUACACAGCGAUCAGCUCAUCCGGCCUAAACUGUUCUUCCAGCACAAACUCCUGCUCACUGGCCCCGCUGAGCUGUGGACAGGUCCACUACAUCUCCAUCACUGCCAUCAACCAGGCUGGACCCAGUCUGCCAUCAUAUUCACAACAGUUCAUCACAUUCCCGUGUCCUCCACAGCCUCUCCGUGUGGAUACAGUAUCGGCCGGUAACUGUUCAGUCAUCUGGAGUUCAGUGUCCUAUGUGGAUUACUACACGGCCUUCAUCAAGCGUGAUGACGGAAUAGAGGAGACGUGUAACUCCACAGGAACGUCAUGUAACUUCCACUGCCAGUGUGGAUACUCCUACAUCAUGAGCGUGUUCGCCAACAACCAGGCUGGAUCCAGCCUCCCUGGACCCGUUCUUAACCACACCACCUUGCCGUGCUGUCCAGGGAACAUGUCAGUGUCCAGUCUGUCCUGGGAGUCGGUGAUGAUCUCGUGGUUGAUGGUCCGGGGGGCUGACGUGUAUGAGACUCGGGCAGUGGAUGCCGAUGGGACACUGGUGUGUAACGACACUUCACCUGUGUGUGUGCUGUCUGACCUCACCUGCAACACCAGAUACAGCCUGCAGGUGUCGGCCUGUAAUGAUCCAAGUGGAUGCAACAGAACCUGCAGCCCACAGUCAUACCUAACAGCUCCCUGUAUGCCUGAGAGAGUCCAUGUGACUCAGAGUAACUCCAGCUCCAUCAGCAUCACCUGGACGUCCGCUAACUCUGAUGCUAACUACACGGUCAGUGUGAUUGGCUCAGUGGGUCAGCCCCUCACCUGCCAGACAAAUGAAACGUCCUGUGCAGUGACUGGUGUUCCCUGUGGCACCGCCUACAAAGUCAGUGCAAUUGCUGCCACCUCAGCUGGAUUCAGCAUGCCCAGUUACAGCGUGCCCUUCGAGACAGCACCGUGCUGUCCAGACAGCCUGACAGCAGUUCAGGUGACCCAGGCCAUGAGUAACAUCAGCUGGUCAGCAGCUCAGGGAGCUCAGUCCUUCAUAGCCUCUCUGAACUCUUCACGGGGUUUCGCCCAGUGCCACACCACACAGUCCACAUGUCUGAUGGGCUGCAUCACUUGCGGAACAAACUACACUGUUGCACUGGAGGCAAUCAGUUCUACAGGAUACAAAGCGGAGUGUACCUACCACGGCUUCUCCACCAGUGAGUGCUGUCCUUCAGGGAUCCGUGUGUUCGGGCGCUCCAAUAACACCCUGCGUGUGCAGUGGAGGAGCAGCAGCUCCCUCAGUAACUACACAGUCCAGGUUACAGGCAACGGUAAAACCCAGACCUGCAGCCCCCUGCAGCUCAGUCAGAACACCUGUGACGUCGCUCAGGUCAUCUGUGGAGCCGUGUACUCAGUAGUAGUUGCACCGGUCGACCCGAGUGGAGUCAUGGUCCACUUCUGUUCUAGCAGGAUGUACUCUGUGUUUUGCGCUGGCAGUGAUGUUGGAAUGGUUGUCUAUAGAGGGAAGAGAAGUGUGGAUUAGCAAAGGCAGCUUCAAGUGAAAUCAGCCGAAAGAGCACAACUGCACUCUUCUACACAACAUCUCAAGAUUUAGAAAGCUACCUUCAAUGAACUUCCAGAAACGAUGCUAUGUUCACCAGCUCCCUCAAAUAGGAUCUGAUCCACAUGAGUAUUGGUACCUAAUUGUUAGACAUUGACUAAGAAGAUAUUUAAAACCUUCACCAUGAAAGCAAUGCCAAAAAAUGAGAAUGUAUAAUUGUAAUUGUUACUAGAGAGAAAGUAAUAUGUUUAAUCAAAAGUGUUUGCUGGGCAGCACAAAAUUAACCAAAUAUUCCCAUUUAGUUUAGUUUUCUAAUGUAUCAUAAAUAUUAAAACUGGUUAGAAAAUAAGCAUUUACAGAACAAAACACACUCAAAUCAGGGACCACAAAUCCUCUCAGGGAGAAUGACCAAAAAGCCUUUUCAUACAUGCACUCUGGGAUGGCCUGAUUUGUUUUUUUGUUUUUUCGAUUUGUUAUCAUUGUAAUUGAUACAAUAAAUUUAACACUGCAAAAUUAUCUUUCCUAGGUAGCAUAGUUGUUUAUAUUUCAUACGAACACUGUGUAAUAGUACAUUUUUCAAUAGCUACUCUGAAUGAACACAUUACAAAUAUAGAGAAAUGUUAACCUUCAACAACACCUACAGGUACCAAUUUAAACAUUUUUAACGCCAACUUUUGCUGAAAUUGUCCACCCUUUCAUUUGUCCACCUUUUAAUUUUCCUGUUGUGCAGCUUGCCAUGACAGUAUGGUUAAAUACAUGCAAGUCCAAAUAUAAAUUGAUUAAGCUGGAAAUGUGAUUUUGGUGUAUUUUGAAGUUUAAGUGAUAAAUUACAAAUCUUAAGUAACUUUUUGAGGUCCAAUAGGCACAGUAUUUGGAUAAUGAGCCCUUAUUAAAACAAUUAAAGUUUACUUUAAACUUUAACUUUUCUUUAACUUUAAAAAUAUAUUUAUAGUUUGAGAAAAUAAAAGCAAAAAUAUUUUUGCAAUGCUGGCCUUAAUCCACAAAAAUAGACUACUAUGUGUCAGUGAAGUUUCAUGUUCCAGAAUUAUUAUUUGUUUUAAUCAAAGAAGAAGCUCCCUAAGUUUUGUGCCUCCAAGGGAAGUACUCCCAGUCAUUUUAUUCAAAAAAAUAUAAUUUGUCUGAUUUCCUUUGGAUGUAAUUAAAGAUACAUUGUUGAAUAAAUGUGGAGAUGUGUCAUCUGUCACGCUGUAGUCCUUGUUAUGCUCAUAUUUGGCAUUUCUGUGUCAGGAAUACCCAGGCAGGUAGUGCAGGUAGGGUGAAAUCAAUAAAUAAUAAUUUAAUAAAUAAAUAACAAGUAACAAAGAAACAAGUAAACACUUAAAUACGGAACAGGGAGAUAUAUACAAGGAACAAGGGAGUGAACCAAAUAAAUGAAACUAGAUAAACAAAUAACCAAUAACCAAAACAAACCAGUAAGACUAGAGAACAUAAAUUAAGCAAAACAGGAAGUACUAAUGAUAAACAAACAGGGAGUAAAUAAACAAAGAAACAAACGAGGUAAGAACACAAAGAAACUAGAAACUACCAAGAAUAACCAAGAAGAUAAACAAAACUAAACAGGGCAGGGAUAUAUAUUUACAAGGGAAAACAAACAAGAAGCUAAUACUAGACAGGAAAAAACUAGGCUAGACAAUAAUAAAUAAACUAAGCAGAAAGGAACUAAACACUAAGCAGGGAACUGGGGAAACGAGGAAGAAACAAGAAACUAGAAAACUAAACAAGAAAUAAACACGGAGCAAGAACUAGGGCUAUGAAACGCAGAGAAACACAGAGAGACAAAACAACAGGUGAAGGUGCAAAGACCGACGGAGACAAAGUGGCAGAGGAGGGCAGGAAACGCACUAUAAUUGGAAACACCUGGGGAAGGGGCGGAGCUACAAAUGAGACAAGUGGUGGAAAGGUACUGAGACGGGAGACACAGAGGAGCAUAGGUCACGUGGGGAAGACACACAGAGACACGAGACGAGACCAGGAUGUGACAUUCUGGUUAAACCUUACAUUUCAAUGGCAGAAAAAAUGGGGUGACAGACCAGCUAAACCAUCAAACCCAUAUUAAAGUGACAGUCUGUAAUUUUGGGGCAUUUAUAGACCUCUGUGAUGAGAAUGUGUAUCUUCAGCAA